GCGCCGACAGAUGGUCUGUGUAAUUUCGCCGCUCCGCUGACAUCUACCUCCACCGGGCUGAUGUUUUAUGUCAAAACUGCGCCAGCCCUGACGCGGGCAGGGGCGCAGAUUCCCUGUAAAUGGUUACUCUCCAGCCGAAGACUCAGAUCCACCGUCAGCUCCACAUCUGCGAGGCAGACGGAGCAGCGGGACCAUGUCAGCAGCCGCGGCGGCGCUCAACACGACUCGGCGCGGUCGGAGUGUCCCGGACAGCCGAGCAGAGGAGGGAGAGACGGCACCAAAACCGCGGCAGCUAAUGAGAUCUCCGUAGACUUUGAUCUGACCCAGGAGGCUUAUAAAAGCAAAGACUCAUUAGAGCUGCUCAGAAGUUUGGUGGUUUUCAAACUCUGCUCCUAUGACGUCCUGGUUGAUAAGAAUAAAGAGAUAAUGGAUCUAGGUAAGACGAUCCUGGGACAGAGAGCCUUCAACCAGUUCAUGAAGAUGACAUUUUAUGGGCAGUUUGUGGCUGGCGAGGACCACAGGGCCAUCAGGCCGCUGAUCCAGAAGAAUCAGGCCUUCGGUGUUGGCUCUGUUCUGGACUACAGUGUUGAGGAAGACAUCAGCCAGGAGGAGGCCGAACAGAGAGAGAUGAAAGACUCAUAUGUAUCUGCUGCAGAGAAAGAGAGCAUAGGCAAGGACCACAGAGAGAAAAAAUAUGAAACGCACAAACAGUUUGGGGACCGCCGCACUGGAGUGACCGGAGCCCGCACGUAUUUCUAUGCUGAUGAGGCCAAAUGUGACCAGCAUAUGGAAACCUUCAUCAAAUGCAUCAAAGCAUCUGGUGGGAGUUCCAUGGACGGGUUUUCUGCCAUCAAAAUGACUGCUCUAGGACGACCUCAGUUUCUGCUCCAAUUCUCAGAGGUCCUGGUGAAAUGGCGACGGUUUUUCGCCUUCCUGGCAUCACAGCAGGGGAAAGAUGGAAUGGAUGCCUUAGAGCAGAGGCUGGAGCUGAAACUAUUACAGGAAUUCUUGACCAAACUGGGUGCAAAAGGUGACUUCUAUGGCUGGUUUGCUGGGAGGAACGAGGAAGCUUCAGGAACCAUUGACAUGCUCGACUGGAACAGCCUAAUAGAUGACAGAACAAAGAUAUCGGACCUCCUUGUUGUUCCAAAUGUAAAGAAAGGUGAGCUGGAGCCUCUGAUGGAGAGGUUCACCACAGAGGAGGAGAAACAAAUGAAGAGGAUGUUACAGCGAAUGGAUGUCUUAGCCAAGCAUGCCGUAGAGAAUGGUGUUCGGUUGAUGGUGGAUGCAGAGCAAACCUACUUCCAGCCUGCUAUCAGUAGACUGACAUUAGAAAUGCAGAGGAUCUACAACAGAGAAAAGCCUGUCAUCUUCAACACAUACCAGUGCUACCUAAAGGAGGCCUUCGACAACGUAAGCAUGGAUGUAGAACUGUCACGGCGUGAGGGCUGGCAUUUCGCUGCCAAGCUGGUGCGUGGGGCCUACAUGUAUCAAGAGCGACAGAGGGCCAAAGAGAUUGGUUAUGAGGACCCUAUUAACCCUGACUAUGAGUCAACCAAUAGAAUGUACCACAGGUGCCUGGAUUAUGUGCUGGAUGAGAUUGCACUCAACAGAAAUGCCAAUGUAAUGGUUGCUUCCCAUAAUGAAGACACAGUGAAACACACCUUAAGGAGAAUGAAUGAGCUGGGUCUCCAUCCCACAGAGAACAAGGUGUACUUCGGUCAACUGCUGGGCAUGUGUGAUCAGAUCAGCUUUCCACUGGGCCAGGCAGGCUUCCCUGUUUAUAAGUAUGUCCCCUAUGGGCCGGUGAAUGAGGUGAUGCCCUACCUGUCUCGGAGAGCCCAGGAGAACAGAGGCUUCAUGAAGGGCGCCCAAAAGGAGAGGGAGCUGCUGUGGAAGGAGCUGAAACGCAGACUUGCCUCUGGGGAGCUUCUCUACAGACCGGGGUACUGAAAACAGAAGAAGAGACAGAGAGGAGAGUGUGUCAACCUGUCAAGUUUUUUUUUUUUUUUUUUAUCUUCUCUGGUUGACGGCUGCUGCUGUGGCUGUCUGUUCUGUCUCUCCCUCAGUACAGCUCUCCCUGGAUGUAUAUCUCCUGUUCUACCCUGUCCUGGAGUUUUCUUGCUGAUGGACUGUUUCUGCAUGUCACUCUCCUUUUCUGUCUCCCCACUGUUGUUUUUCUCCAUUUCUUGUUCCCCCUUCUGUUCCUUGCUGAUGUUACCCAGCUUCACCCCUAUCCUUACUUAUAUGUGCUGCCCAUGUUCUCUCUUUCUUAUCUGCCUCUGCAUCCAUAAGCAUUCCACACUUUGUCUUCCCAUGGUCUAUAGAGCUCCAGUAUCCAUCAAGUGGGCAUCUUUACUGCUCCAAAAGGACUCCCUAAAAUGUCAGAUGAGACUGGGGCGGGCGUUUGUUUUUAUCACUCUAUUUAUCUUGGAGAGGGACAACAAUAAAGAAAAUAAAAAGCUUGAUUUAAAUGGUAGUAAAGGAAACACCAAUAUUCCCCUCCUAUAUUAUGUUUUUCUCAUUCUUGGACAGCCACACAGUACCCCGAGGAGACUUCUCAGUACUGUAUAUUUGUGUGCUGUGUUUGAGGUUGUAUUACUGGUUUGAAAAUGAUGCCUGUUUAUGAAUCAGCGAGGAAACCAUAAAUGGGUCCUCACAGCACAUCGCUCUUCUUCUAAGUAUGCAAUGUUUUUGUCAUUGUAUUUACCAAAGGAAGCUAUAUUCUCAGUCACUGAGGUGUUACAUGAGAACACAGUGUUAGUAUUCAGUGAGUGAAUCUCCUUUUAAUACAGAUGCCUGAGAGUCUGGCAGGUUGUUUUUUUUGUUUUUUUUUUCAUGACAGAUAAUAUGCAAAGGGUUAAUAAGUUAGAGGGUUGGUCUUAUUGUAUUUUGAUGGAUUCAAUUUGUUCAGUUCUUAUCUCUGAUGGUUUAAAUACAUUUGAAGCAGGUCAUUCUAUUUGUUGGUUUUACUUAUCUCAUUUUAUGGACCUGUAAAAUUGCUCUGUAAAUAAAUAUGAAGUGUAUGAAUAGCAAAAGUGUACACAUGAACAUUUAGUUAAAAUAAGGACUGGGUGUUAUUGACUCAAUACUGUACCUGCAAGCCAUCUGUACAGCUUUGGUUGUGUUGGGUUUUAAUUCUGUGACAUAUUCCUCUUGGUUAUUGAUACACAAUUAGUAUUUGAGUCAGAGGGUAACCAAGCUUCAUGAUAAUUAUGGCCUUGUCAUUUUAUGAGAGCAGUCAGUGCUCUGUAGACCAUCAUUUAAUUACCCGUGAUGCUACGCUCAGUACAGAUCACAGAAAUUGGAUGCAUUAAUCAUUACUCAGAAGAAACUUUAGUGGCUGUUAAGUUUUACUGAGGCAAAGCGCCACAGAGCUGUCACUGCUGCAGUAUUCUAUUGGUUUAAUUAAGAAUCAAGUCUACUUUUGAUGUAAGAUGUGCCUUUGGGUAUACAUUUGCCAACAAAUCCCUUCUUACGCGGUGCUGGAGUUUUCCUGGUUAGCUCAACUGCAAAGAUGAUUUAGAGGACACAUUAUAGGGUGGAGAAAUUCUACACAAGCUCCACUAGUCAGUCAAAAGCAGCAUGGGCUCACCAUAUUCUUUGGGACUUAACAACACUUCUCCCUACAUUAAAGCACACAGGCAUGUAAUAGAGGCAGCCCAGGCUAAUUUACUUUAUGGAAUGAAUGUUGACAUUGUAUUAUGCAAGACGUGAAGGAUGGCGUACGUAACCGAUUUCUCUGGGCUCCUUUGCCAGUGGCUCCAAAUGUUCUGGCAUCUCGAAUUGUUUGUUUGACUGUGCCCUUGACUUUGUGAUUUCAGUGGGACCUCACAGUGGUCCGGUGCUUUUCAAAGCACUGCGACAUAUGCUGUGACAGGCCCUGAUUUGAAAAUGUACUAAGCAUUGUUUUUCAGGUUUCCAAAUUUGAAAAGAUCUGCAGCACAAUGAAUAGAUUGGCUUGCUGCUGAGUUACAGCAGCCAUUUAAUCUCUAAUCAACGUCUGUGUGCCAGUAGAUGAACAGACAAUAAGGAGUAUGAUGGCUUUGAGCCGGCCAGGAGUAUUGUGUAUUUUUAUCUUUUGACAGCAAAUUGAGAGAUUAG